AUGGCCAACUUUUGCAGAAGACCACUUUUCACAGCUUUUCAACGAAUUAUCAAGCGCUCCGACCAUAAUAUCGCUGCAUCAGAGUAUGGUCGAGGUGCUGUAUAUCUGGUGCUCCAGCAUCAACGCAGAUUCAAAACUGAUGAUGUAACAAGUGAGAAAAAUGUUCCAGCUGUCCAGGAUGAGAUAAAGGAAGAGGAAGAUCCCACCAAAGUAGAGCGAUUUAUUCCUCUUACAAGAUGGUCGAUUUUUCGCUACAUGAUGCAACAGAAGGACUUCCUGUCAGAGGAGGAACGCAAGAAGUUUGAAGAGUUCUCUGGUCACCUGGACAGUGCUGUGGAGAACAAGUUCUUAGGCAUAAGACAGGAACUGAAGAGUCUUUUUGACCCUAUCAACCCUGACAAAGACACAGUUGCAACGCGACAAUGGAACCGCAGAGAGAGACUUGACAAUGAAUUCUGGCUCUUGCAGAAGUUGACUAGCAUCAUGGAAAAAGCCAAUUUUCGUGAAAUUCCCAAACACAUUGUAGAAAAAGCCCUAACUGAACAUACUGCAAGUGAGGGAGUUCUGGUGAGUGUAAACCCUGACAAAUAUGACAUCUUGCGAUUCUGGGCUCUCGGUCGUGAAGCUCCGCCUCCUCAACUGCCACUCUCCCAGAGGCUUUACUACAGGGUAACCCGGAAGCCUGUCCCUGGACCAAUGGAAUACUUCAAGAGAGUCGUUGUCGCUGUACGACUAAAGAGAGACCAGAAACUAACUCUAAAGAUCUUCAAGGAGGUACCAACCAAUGCACUUGAACAGUUACUCCCAGACGGGAAAAUCAAGAUGAGUCGUUUAGAUCGAGGUAUCCUAGUCACUAGUGCCGGUAUCGCAUCUUUUGGCAUAUUAGCGAAAGCCGUGACAUAUCUCGCUAACUAUCCCGUCAACUGGACACUUAUAAUGACUGGUGUUACUGGCUUAAUUGGAUUUCGCGCAUGGACUGUAUAUAAAAAUAGGAGAAACAACUAUGUAGUUCAAUUGAAUAGGAUGUUAUACUUCAAGAAUAUUGCAAAUAACCGAGCAUUGUUGACGCAUUUAGUUGACAGGGCAGAGGACGAGACUUAUAAGGAGGCGCUAUUGAGCUAUACCUGUCUGUUGACAAACAGACCUCCUUCACUUAGAGAUGUACAAAGCAGUCAACAGCUGCCUGCAGAACUAGGGGGCAUCCCGAGUGUUCAACUUGAGCGUCAUAUAGAAGAAUGGGUGCGUGAUAAAACUGGAACAGCCAUUGAGUUUGAUUGUGAGGAGUCUGUGAAACUUCUGGAUAGUUUUGGCAUUCUUUCCCAAUCAGAUGAUAAACUGAACGUUGUGCCCCUAGAUACCGCAAUCCGAACCCUCCCAGAUAAGCCAAUCACAGUUCUAGAGCGUGCGGAUGAACAUGACAUUGUCGAGGGAUAUGAUAGGGCUUAUUAUAAAGAAACUGAGGAGAAAUACAAAGAGGAGGACAGAAAGAACAGGAAAUUUGGCUGGUUUUAAUCUCA